CAGAAGCAGGGUGCCCAAAACAAGAUGCAGUGCUCCAGGUGGAACCUCACCAUAGCCUUGAACAAUCAGGUGAUGAGCAUCUUGAGCAACCCCAGCGGGGUUCCUCCGCAACCCCAGGCUGACUUCUCUAUCUCUCCCCUUCACGGUGGCUUGGACACCACCAACUCCAUCUCUGCCAGCUGCAGCCAGCGGAGUGACUCCAUCAAGUCCGUGGACAGCCUCCCAACUUCCCAGUCCUACUGUCCUCCCACCUACAGCACCACCAGUUACAGCGUGGACCCAGUGGCUGGCUACCAGUAUGGACAGUACGGACAAACUGCUGUUGAUUAUUUGGCCAAGAACGUGAGUCUGUCUACACAGCGUAGGAUGAAGCUGGGAGAACAUUCAGCCGUUCUGGGCCUCCUACCAGUAGAGACAGGCCAAGCUUACUGAAGAGUCCGACUGUGCCAACGACCCGCUCCAGCAUCUUGAUACCACUGGAGAAAACACCACCAGCCUUCCAGGGAUCUGCCUGUACCCGGACCCUGCUCCUUCCCAAUUCCCUUCCGCCUCCUACCAACUUUGAGCUGUGAAGGAGACGGGAAAGAGCGGGAGGGCUCUCCAAGUAUCCAGCUCCUCCCAGAGCACUCAUCUCAGAGGCAAGCCUGGCCUCUGGGACCUGACUCCUCCUGUGGCCAGAGACAACGGGUUGGGUACAUUUAUUAACCCCGAGUUUGUGCCCUCCCUCUGAGCUACCUGGCCAUGGCAUUUUGCCCACACUUAAGGACUUUCCAUUGAUCUAGGUAGUUGGCAUAGUCAAAGCCAAAAUGAUCUUUUUUUUUUUCUUUGUAAAAAAAA